CUUUCUCUUUACCACGUUCCUGCCUUUUUUCUCAUUCUCAGUUCAUUGCUUCCAUCAUCGCUUUCACACACACUUUUUUUAUUUUUUUAUUUCUUUUAAAUUAUUUUCUUUUUCUUCUGCAGUCUCAUUGCAGCUGCAACCUCAGUCUUCUUAUUGCUCUGGACAUGAUAGGUAUCCAACACAGGGAAAACUCUGACAAUAAUACUUCUCUUACCGCUCCAAAGAUUAUAAUGGCGCCUCUUUCCACCGAAAGUAUCUUGGAUCCUCUGAAUGCCACAGUAGAUAUUAUUUCAACCGAUUAUCAGCCGCAGAAAGUCAAGCAUGUCCGAGACCAGGAAGAAACCGAAGAAACGCAACAUAAGAAUAUAAUCAAGUCCCUUCAACAUAAUAACUUCAGUCCUAACAGUCUGGACCAUGAUUCUCAGCGCGGCAGCAGCGACAGCACCUCUCGGCUCGAAGAAACAAGCGUAAAUGGUGCCUCACUAGACACCAAUUCCUUCCCGAAUCCACAAAACCAAAGAGGUGAAUUCGAAUCGAUGGAGGAUACCAUUCGGGACAAGCAGCAAAUGGAUAAGCAACAGGGGGCUGAGCAUGAGCAACCCUUGGAGGGCCAGCACGAAGUCACCAACGCAGUUGGUAUAACGGAAACAGUGAUGGGAGAAGUUGUGACCCACUCAAUAGCAUUAACCACAAAUACAUUGUCCAUGCAGUCAUCGCAGCAACAGGAACAGCAACAGCAACAGCAAGGAAUUAUCAGUAGCAGACCUAAAUUGAAACGACCGCCACUACGACCCAUUGACCUCGGCAGCGUGCCCAAAAAGUCUAUUCUCAAGAAGGAGACUGCCUACCCUUUUAUCGAACAACCUGCUAAAAAUCCUGUCUUCAAGUCACAAUGGCUACAGAGCACUGUAAACAAACUGGCCGUCAUGGGUGGGCCUUCGACACCCACCGCCUAUACAGCUCAAUCAACUUCCAUGUUCAGGAAACUGGUUUUACAAGCAGCAGCAGCCACCUCACCCUCUCCAACAUCACCUUCUGGAUCCCAUCGACCUGCAGGACCACCUAUUUUUACCAACAAUGAAAGGUCACGUUACUCUUUAGCUGACACUGAGGGAAGCUCCAGUUCAUUGUUGUCUGAUAAGGCGUUAAAGCAUGUAAGGUUUUCUGUAGGGCAAUUGACGACAGAACAUAUCUUCCAUCAUGACGAUGCCUAUGAGUCCGCGGAGGAAACCGAGCCCUCAAAGACACAGGUUCAGAUUAUUACGACACCUGCUCCGCCUAAAAAAUUACUCACAACGACAGACGGCGUUGUAGUAGAUGACAACAUUUAUACAGCCAAGGAGAUUAUGAACUAUUAUCUAGUUGCGUGCAACACUCGCGAGGAGUCUCCAAUUGAUCGUCUUAUCAAUGAUAUGCAUGCUGCCGCAAGCAGACCAUCGAAUCCACUGUUAACUACUAUAGAUCUGACAGGUGAACCCUUACCACGAAAGACAUUAGAUCCAAUUGCAGAUGUUCUCACGCUGGAAUUCGGAUUGAAGCAACUCUAUCUGGAUAACUGUAAUCUGGAGGACGAUACACUGAAAAUGCUACUCUACAGCUUGCUGCUCACAGACACGUUGACUGUGCUCAGUGUCCAGGAUAACAAGAAGAUAAAGUCAAACGGGUUCAAAUACAUUUCGGUUUUCGUUAAAAAGACUAAAGCGCUCAAGGUUUUAAAUGUAUCUGGAAUUGCAAUGGAUAAACGGUCAAUCGAGUUCUUGGCGCAUGCUCUCAAAGUCGGUCGCCUUGGCUUCGGAUCAAGAUUAGAGGAGUUACGUAUGGACCGCUGUGGAUUGCGAGGAAAUCUGCUUGAGAUCAUGGCACCUGCAAUAAGGGAAUCAAACUUGAGGAACGUAUCUAUGCGAUCUAACAGAAUCGGUUCUUCAGGAGGGGUCUGGAUUGGUGUUCUGAUACGUGACUAUGAUGAUCAAUUAAAUGCGGCCAUUCCUAUUAACAAUGAAGAGCAAGGGUUUAAGAGAGUGUUCCCAGGAAUUUCUAAUCCAGAGCUUCUGAAGCGUACCCGUGGUGUUGAAGUAUUGGACAUCUCCGAUAACGACCUUCGACAAGGUGCAGAUUAUGUGGCUCAGACUCUACGUCGCAACAUGUCUCUUAAAUCACUAGUUAUGACACACAAUAAUCUUGAUCCUGCUCGCCUUGCUGUCCUUGCAGACGCACUUAAACUCAACAUCGGCUUGGAGUCGCUUGAUCUUAGUCAUAAUCGUGUAUGCGGACCUACUGUUACUGGCAUCAAUGCGUUGACCCAAAAGUUGUCAUACAAUAAGACACUCAAGAAGUUGACACUGUCUAAUACAGGACUUCAAUCAGAAGGAGCUAUUGCUCUCGCCGAGUUCCUGCCCGAGACGCGCACCCUGACUCAGCUGGAUCUGACAGGAAACGAUCUCGUGGAUAUUGCUGGUGUGAUGGCAUUGUCUGUGAGCAUCCGCAUGAACAACAGCUUGACCUGUUUAGACUUGAAUGUACCGCCCAAUGACGCAGAAUUUGCACGUCUAUCGCGCGAUAUCCUUCGUGCAUGCAUUCGAAAUAUGGAGGAGAAGACGGGAUCAAAUGCAGGCAUGCCUUCUCCAGAUGUCAUGCCGAGCAAUACGAUCUUUAGUCAACCUUCGUCUCCAUUUAUAUCCGGACUAUCUACAGCAGCAGAUGAGGACAGGCGAUGGCAAUUACUCGAGAGCGUCGCUGGCGAGCUCUACCGAACGAGAGAGGCGCUUGGUGCUAUGGAGAAGGCCCUCAAUCAUGAGAAGGCGAUGCGUCGUAAUUGGCUUGAGCACUUUUAUCGUAAAAAUGCUGUACCGCUGCCCAAUACAUUGACGGGAGAAAAUGGUCACGUAGGAGACCCACAUACAUCCACGCCUCCACUGGAGCCUAUUCCUGCCACUCCAGAGGAGAAGAAAAUGCUUGAAGUCGCAAAAGGUGUUCUUUAUCGUGCACCUCCACAGAUUGAGAUGCUGUACCAUCAAUGCAAACGCCAUCAAGCGAAUAUUUUGAAUCUCAAUAGCAGGAUUGAUAAUGACAAGGCAUUGCAUGAGCUGGAAACAAUGUAUAACCUUUUGAAUGUCUUUUUGGAGGCAUAUCUUGUUCUUUUUGCUCUACCAGAGAUACCCAAUCAUGUUGUUAUCAGACCACGAACAAACUCUCUUCAGCCUGCCGAUUCUGCAGAGGGUCCAGCGUCGUCAACCAACUUAGCUGAGAGCUCAAAAAAGGCCUUAGUAGAUAGUGAGAUAGCACAUGAAAAAAAAACAGCCCAGGAUCAGGUCGUACCUCAGACUCUCUCAGAGGAACCAGAGUCCGAUAUUGAUUCAUCAUUUUUGCUUGAAGAUGAAGAUGACAUGGACGACGAGGUCUAUACCAACGAUGCUCUGAUUGAUGUCCGCCGGACCAAGUUACUAUCUGACCAUCGUUCAGGACAAUCAUCUCCCCCGAAGCUGACAUCUAUCGAUGGUCAAUUUGAUCCAGAGCGUGGUACGGAAGAUGGAGAUGGGGAUGAUGAAAUAGUCACCAAGAAUUAUUCUAGCAGAGGAUUCAAGCCAACGCCAGUCAAUACAGAGAGUGUAGUUCGUAUAGAGGCUGAAAAAUCUCCGUCUACGCUUGCCAGUCCUCUUGAGAAGCUACGCAAAGCAGUUGAGGAAGAGGAAGGAGAGGUGCUGCGACGUGGAAAGGAUUUGCUUGAAAAUGGAUUAGAGAAUGGCCUUGAGGACGAAACCAUGUCAGGCGAGGAAUUGAAAAUUCAGCUCCUUACCAGUGAAAAUCAUUCACCAUAGAAAAACAAAAUCUGUCUAAAAUUCUUGUACUAAUGCGCAAAUAUCAAAGAGUACUUUUAUUUCUUGAAGGAUUGUAUGGCCAAAGAAAAUAUUCUGUCUAUCUUAAUGUGAUUCUCACCACAAAUACAUAUUUUUUUUAUACAUUUAAAAGAGUGAUGAGACUACUUAACUUAUUAAAGCAGAGAACUUGCAUGGCCC